AUUGGACGAUAUUUAAUAUUUUGAUGAGCUAGUUCAGUUUUUGAGCUUUAUUUUCUUCUUCAUGAAACUCAUUUACAUGUUUGAUUUUGUACAGAUUUGUGAGAUUGAUCCUGGUUUCUUUCGGGAUAGUGAUUCCCUUGUAAGGAAUUGGCAAGGCAGGUUGGAAAUACUUGCAGUGUCAGUACAUGCAGAGGGUGAUACCCAUGUUGACAAUUAUGAUGAUCACGAGGACUUGCCAUCACAUCUACCCAAGGAAUCUGCUGAUUCUAUGCCAUCACAUUUAUCCAAGGAAUCUGCUGAUUCUAUGCCAUCACAUUUAUCCAAGGAAUCUGCUGAUUCUAUGACGUCACGAUUACCAAAAGAAUCUACUGACUCUGUGCUCCAACUGACUGAAAAAAUGAAGAAACAGACUAUCUCCUCUGGAAAUGGGAAUACUGAGGGAGAGGUCAAGCAAAACAAGUGCAGUACUUGCAACGCAUUUGUGGGUGAUUCUAAGCAAUUUAGGGAACAUUUCAAGAGUGAUUGGCACAAGCACAACUUAAAGCGCAAGACAAGGCAACUUCCUCCUCUUACAGCUGAAGAAUGCUUGGCUGAUAUGGAAUUAGACGACUCAAAAGCUGACUUGAAGGAUUAUUCCUUUUGAAUUUGAGUUGGGGCUCGGAAUUUAGGUUUUGCGCUAUAGAUUAUCACAGGUAACAUAGAGCAUUGUAAAAAAUUUUUGUCACUUCCUUUUAGCUGUUGUAAUGAGCUGCUUGCGAACUCGCUCGUAGAAUUUACUCAUGCAAUGCAAAUUCUACUAGUGUCAAAUUUUUGGGGUAUGCAAUUAGAAUUUUAC